GCUCACACUGAGCUGGCUGUUGUUGUGCGGAUGUGUGUGUGUGUGUGUUGGUGACAACGGGACGACGACUGCCUCAUUGCCGACAUGAACCUGUUCUGCUUUUCACUGGAAGGUUCUAUGGACAGCCUCUAUGAGGCUGUGCAGACUUCCAGCGAUGGUCCCCCUAAGCCCGUCCCCAGCCGCUCCUCCAGCCGCUCGUGCAGCCCGGCGCUCCUGCUGGACAACGACGCAAAGUGGAGAGGAUCUGGAAGGUCAAUUUCUAUGGACAUGGCGCCAAGGACGGGCACCCACACUCAUAAAAAGAACAGAAGGACACAUGUGUCCAAAUCUGCAUCAGAUAAUGAAGCACUGGCAGAUCACGCCGUGGGUAAUACGGCGGUUUGGAAGCCCGCCAAGAGCCCAGAGGAUUUAGUCCACAUCUCCAACAAUCACAAUGAAGAAAUAAAAAGGACAAGACACAAAGUGGAUGCCAAAGCAGGGAAAACUCACACUGCCGCCAAAAAACGAGACAAACACUCUCCAAGUCAGAACACCAAAGGAGUUGCAACAGAAUCCAAACCAGCUGCCAAAAAAACCCAAAAACCUGGAAAGAAACCCCCUGGGAAGAGUGGGAAAGAUGGGACAAAGAAAAACUCCACAGUGCGCUCCCCACCAAGAACCACAAGCCCCCCGGUGGGCCCACAGUACCUGGAUGUACCCCACAGGUCAGACACCAGGCUCUACCUGGGCAAAUCUUCCACCCUUCCCACUCAGGAGAAUACAAGUCCAGGACGCUGCCCUGACAUGAUCAGUCUCCCGGGUGGUGCGACGCCCACUCACACUUACCACCACCACCACUACACGCACAACCAGCGCUGGAGCAACCCGGGUGACAACAGUCCCGCCUGGGGCACGGUGGUGCAGCACACCUGCCGCAGGCCCCUGACCGAGUACCGGGCAUGCUCACAUGACUUCAGCCAGCCUCACACCAAGGCGGAGUGGCAGGGUGGACAAGAGCACGAUGGCGGCUUGGACACGAACUGUAAACCCCCGAUUCCCCCAAAGGUGACGCGGUCCAUCACUGAGGUGGAUUUGGCGAAGCCCAAUCGUUCCACAAGCUUUGGCAAGUUUGAAGGCCUCAAGCAUAAUCCAACUGCAGCCAAAGCAGAUAAUGGAACCAAUUUGCUGCCAGAAGAAUGCGAAAGCUCAGAGCCACACAAAUCAGCUGGAAUUGGGAAGAAAAUGAAGGCAAUUUCGCUGACCAUGCGUAGGAAAAUGGGCAAAAAGCAUGCAAAGUCUUUCUCGGAGGAGAUGGGUGACAACACAGAGACAGACACCGGAUGCACGGCUGAAAAGAAUUCUGCAAAAACCAGCAACUCAUUGGAGAGUCUUUACAGCGGCCAAAGCUCAUCCAGUGGUGUAACCACCGAGUCCAAUGGUUCUGGCCAGAGGGACAGUCUGAGGCUGGAGGAGGACGGUUCCUAUCAGGGUCAGUUCUGCGGCAGAGCCCGUGUCCACACAGACUUUGUCCCUAGCCCGUACGACACGGACUCACUCAAACUUAAGGCUGGUGACAUCAUCAACAUCAUCAGCAAGCCUCCAAUGGGCAUCUGGACGGGCCUGCUCAACAACAAAGUGGGAAACUUCAAGUUCAUCUACGUGGAUGUUCUGGUGGAGAAAGAGGAGAAGGAGGAAGAAGAAGAAACCCCCAAGAUACGACAACAGAAAAUGUGCAAAAGACCUCGACCGAAAACGUUGCUGGAGCUGCUUGAGCGACUGAAUCUGGAGGAGUAUGCCUCGGCCCUGCUGCUCAAUGGCUACCAGACAGUGGAGGACCUCAUGCACCUGCAGGAAAAACACCUCAUUGAGCUCAACGUCAAAGACCCCGAACACCGACACAAACUGCUGGCAGCUGCCCAGUGCCACUACCCGGAAGGUGAUGAUGGAAGGGAUGUUGAGGAGAGCGUACCCUCUAGCGUUCCCCAGGAAGAAGACAGCGACUGUCCAAGAGACUCUGGCUGUUUCAUCCCGUCCGAGUGCUCGGACAGCAAGGAAGACGCGGAGCAGCUGGCAGAUGACGCGGCUUCCUAACGUGAUCCUUAUUUGCCCGAUUCAAGAUAACAUAUGGACUUUGUCACUGUUGAUAUACAUGUAUAUAUCAUUAUAAAUCAUAACAUUAAAGACAAUAAGCCACAUGGAUUUAUUGCAUACAAAAUAUACGUUGUAUUUAUUUCAUUCUAACUCAUGCAUCAUUUUUUCUUAUAAAGCCUUUAUUUAUCAUAUCUUCUUUCUGUUGUGAUGUUUUAUUUCCUAUUAAUAAACACGUAUUUUGAAUUGGAAAAUGUAGACAAUAACUAAACUUGCCUUUUAUUGUACAUAUUGUAUACUGUUCUAUUGGGAAAAAAAGCAGAAAUGGUGUUCAUGGGAACUCUUCUGUAAAUACCAUGAAAUAAACACUGCCAAAUAUGUUAUUGA